CAAGAAAAGUAUUUUCUUCAUAUUUUUCUCUCCUGCUUAUUUUCCUCACAUGGUAUCAGAGCUUUCUAAGCUCUUUAUUGUCUGUCGUUCUUCUUGAGGUUUUGUGCCUCCAAUUCUUCAUAUAUUUUGUGCCGGCCAGCAUCGCGUGUUUCCAGCCAUAUAUCGGUUCCGGAUUUGGCUGCUGUUUCUUCUACUAGUUUUCUCUGAUCUUUCACGGAGACUUUCCGGAGUUGUAGAUCAGCCAUAUAUCAACCAAAAUUACCGCUGUGCAGAUCCUUGCCUUCCGAAAUUGCUUCCAUUUUGUUUCCAGAGUUCCACUUCGACUUGGUGUUUUGCUUGGUCAGAUUUUCUUUUAGUUACAACAUAUUUUUUUUUUAUUAUUAUGGAGAAAUCUGAUAUUUCCCAGCCAAUUUCAACCAUUUUAAAUGGCUCAAAUUACAUACUCUGGGCUCAAAGUAUGCGCAGUUUCUUGAAGGGUCGAAAAUUAUGGCGGUAUAUUACUGGUGACAUUACACUUCCACAGAAAGUUACUGGUGAGACAGAUAAGAAGUAUGUUGAUCGUCUGGAGGAUUGGGAUAGCAAAAAUCAUCAGAUCAUCACUUGGUUUCGUAACACCUCAAUUCCUUCCAUUCAUCUUCAGUUUGGACGGUAUGAAACAGCUAAGGAAGUGUGGGAUUUGCUUGCAGCCAGGUAUACCACUUCUGAUUUAUCCAGUCAAUAUCAAUUGUGGGAAGAAUUACACAAUUUGAAACAAGAACGUGGAGAGUCCAUUACUAGUUUUUAUGCUAAGAUGGAGGCUAUUUGGGAUCAGCUUGCUCUCUCAGAACCAACUUUCAAUGACACUGCUGAUAUUGGGAAGUACAUUGAGUAUCGUGAUAAAAUGAGGUUAAUUCAAUUUCUUAUUGUGCAUGGUUCAAAAUCAUCAGUAGUAUCCCUUCUAGUUAUGUUUCCUAGUUGUGUGCCAUCUCAACAUCUUCCUCCUUGCACUUGUGGCAUCUUCGUCUUGGUCAUGCCUCUAUUAGUGUCUCCUUCUCAUCGCCCUCCUAUCUUCACUAACCCAUCCCUUGAGUUAUUCCCUAAUGAUGAUGCAGGGUCUCCUAAUGAGCUUUCAAAUGAUCAAACUUCCAUGGCUCCUGUUUCAGAAGAUGUCUCCUCUGCAGAUAUUGCACCUACAACAAAUGAGAUUGAAAAUCCACCAGUUACUUCCUCUUCUAGUCAUCCUACACGAGUAAGAAAUCCACCUACAUAUCUUCAAGAUUAUCAUUAUUUUUCCACACUCACCUCCUUACAUGAACCUCAGUCUUACAAAGAAGCUUCUUUAGAUCCUUUAUGGCGGCAAGCUAUGCAAGAGGAAUUACAGGCUUUGGAAAAGACAGGUACUUGGGACUUGGUUGAUCUUCCUCCUGAUAAGACUCUUGUUGGAUGCAAGUGGGUAUACAAGAUCAAAACUCAUUCUGAUGGAUCUGUGGAGCGCUAUAAGGCACGUUUGGUGGCAAAGGGUUUUAUGCAAGAAUAUGGCAUUGACUAUGAGGAGACCUUUGCUCCUGUUGCUUGUCUUACCACAGUACGUAGUUUACUAGCUAUUGCUGCUGUACGUAAAUGGAAGCUAUUUCAGAUGGAUGUGAAGAAUGCCUUUCUUAAUGGUGAUUUGGAAAAGGAGGUUUAUAUGAAACCGCCUCCUGGACUUACUCCUUCUUCGAAUAAGGGAAUGGUUCUCUUACUCAUAUACGUUGAUGAUAUGAUUAUCACUGGAGAUGAUGUUUUAGGGAUUGAUGAGCUUAAGCAGUUUCUCAACCAUAGAUUUGAGAUGAAAGACCUUGGCUUUUUGAGUUAUUUUUUGGGACUUGAAGUUACAUCCUCAGAUGCUGGUUAUCUUCUCUCUCAGAUGAAAUAUGCAUCAGAUCUCAUAUCUAAAGCCGAUCUCACUGAUAGUAAGACUGUCUCCACACCUCUUGAACCGAAUGUCAAGCUCACACCAUUAGAUGGUUCUCCACUCCCUAACCCUUCUCGUUAUCGGCAGUUGGUUGGUAGUUUGGUUUAUCUCACUACGACACGCCCAGACAUAGCAUAUGCAGUUCAUGUUGUUAGUCAGUUUAUGGCUGCCCCCCGAUCGAAGAUCCACUACUGGCUAUUGUCUCUUUCUUGGUAACUCUCUUAUUUCAUGGCGUAGUAAGAAACAAGCUAUUCC